AUGUCAACAGCAAACAAACUCCUUGGAUCACGGGAUGGAACAAACUCGCUGCUCAUGCUAGCACUUCCUAUACCCCUAGGCCGGGACGCCUCUGCUGCAUACGUGAACGCUAUAUACUGGAAAGUCACUGGAGACACCAAAUAUGCGGACAAUGCGGGCAAGAUUCUCGACGCUUGGAGCAGUACGCUUACACAAAUCUGGGGUAGCAGCGACAAGUUUCUGGCAUCUGGUCUAUACGGGUAUCAGCUUGCUAAUGCUGGAGAAAUUCUUCGUGGUUAUAGCGGCUGGAAAGGGCUGAGUAACCUGGUCAACAUGCUGAGAACAAUUUUCUACCCUAUGAACCACUCAUUUUUGACAAACCAUAAUGGUGCCAAGAUUGACCACUACUGGGCCAACUGGGAUCUGUGCAAUCUCGCGUCUAUGCAUGCUAUCGGUGUCUUAGCGGAUGAUUCGAGCAUGGUGAACGAGGCUAUUACGUAUUUUAAGAGUGGUAGCGGAAAUGGCGCCAUUGACAAGUUUAUCUGGAAGUUGUAUACCGAAGCAGGAUCUUCAAAGAGCUUGGGCCAGGGACAAGAAGCUGGAAGAGAUCAAGGUCAUGCGACACUUGACUUCGCGCUGGUCGGUAUAUUGGCGCAGCAGAGCUAUAACCAAGGACAGGACUUGUUUGGAUAUCUCAGCAACAAAAUACUUGCCGGCUCGGAAUACAUGGCCAAAUACAAUCUUGGUCAUGAUGUCCCGUACACUAGUUAUACCAACUCAGAUGUAACACAGGCGGUGAUCAGCACUGGCAGCCGUGGCACUAUCCGACCCAUGGGCGAGCUCCUCUAUGCGCAUUAUGGAGUGCUUAAAGGUCUCAAUGCUUCGUGGACCAAGGCAUACCGCGAUUUGGUGGUUUCUAAUGGGGGCGGCGCAGAGGGCGGAGGCGGCGACUAUGGUUCUACUAGUGGUGGAUAUGACCAGCUGGGGUUUGGAACCGUGCUGUACCGAUUGGAUGCGUAA